UGACACUAAUGACAGUUGACGUUUAGUAAUUUGAAUGUUAGAUUUUAGACCUUAGAUUAGAAUAUUUUUGGAAUUAGUUAUUUGUUCAUUAACGUAAAUAAUUAUCUCGCAUUUACCGUUAUCGACGUUACACGUAAGUUUUUGUAACGCAACGAACAUGAAAAUUUUGCGAAAAAUUCCCUUUUCCAACUAUUUUGGCAAGCGCAAUAUCAGCGCGAAGGCCUUCAUUUUCCGCAACCAAUUCGAGGGGUUCCCUAAAGAAAGCGACUUUCAACUAACCAACGAGCAAUUACCCUCCCUAAAAGAAGGAGAAUUUCUGGCCGAAGCGGAAUAUCUGAGCGUCGAUCCCUACAUGAGAGCCUACGCCCCGAGAGUGAAGACAGGCAAGACGUUCAUGGGCUCCCAAGUGGCCAAGAUACUAGAGAGCAAGAACCCCAAAUUCCCCGCCGGGCGGCACAUAGUAGGCGAGUUCGGCUGGCGAACGCACACCGUCUCCAACGGCAAGCCCCUCUCUACGGGCGUCCCUACGGCCUGGCUCAUACCCGACAUCGGAGACCUACCGAAAUCCCUAGCGCUCGGAGUGCUAGGAAUGCCCGGCAACACGGCCCUCUUCGGAUUCCUGGAGAUUUGCCUGCCCCAGCCGGGCGAGACGGUACUUGUGACGGGAGCGGCCGGAGCCGUGGGGAGCUUGGUCGGACAAAUAGCCAAAAUUAAAGGGUGCAAGGCCAUCGGAGUGGCCGGUUCGGAUGAAAAGGGAAAGUGGCUAGUGAACGAGUUGGGUUUUGACCACUUCAUCAACUACAAAUCGGACGAUUUGAGGAAGAAGAUCAAAGAGUACGCCCCGCACGGUAUAGAUUGUUACUUCGAUAACGUAGGAGGUGAAAUAAGUUCGACUAUAAUGCUGUAUAUGAAUACGUUUGGUCGGAUAUCCGUGUGCGGGGCCAUUUCCGGUUAUAACGAAACCAAACCGCCUAAAGCUACUCUCGUUCAGUAUCCCUUGACGUUUAAUCAAUUGAGAAUGGAAGGUUUCAUAGUGCACAGGUGGUUGGAUAGAUGGUUUGAGGGGAUCGAACAGAACAAGAAAUGGAUAGAGGAAGGGAAAUUGAAAUACAGGGAAAGCGUAACAGAGGGUUUCGAGAACACUUUCACCGCUUUUGUCGAUAUGCUAAGAGGCGGAAACGUUGGCAAAGCCAUAGUGAAAAUUUGAAUACAUUUUUCUACGAUAAACAUGAUUAACGUUGGCUUACUUGUCGCUUUGCAAUAGACCUUUUCCUAUUAAUCUCCUCGUAGCGAAGUAGAACAUUCCGU